AUCCCUUUAUUUCUGUGCUAGCCACUAUAUAGAGGCUGGCUGGGUGAGAAAAAUCCCAUCUUCUCACAGAGAGAGAGAGAGAGAGAUGGGUUUCAGUGAGAAACAAGAAAGUUUGGUGAAGGAGUCAUGGGAGGUGAUGAAGCAAAAUGUUCCUGAGCUCAGCCUUCGUUUCUUCACAUUGAUUCUGGAGAUUGCCCCAGCAGCAAAGAACAUGUUCUCAUUUCUGCAAAACACAGAUGAAAUUCCGCAGAACAAUCCCAAAUUCAAGGCUCAUGCUGUUAAGGUUUUCAAGAUGACAUGUGAAUCAGCUAUUCAGCUUCGCGAGAGGGAAAAAGUGGUGGUGGCCGAUACUACUCUCAAAUGGCUGGGAGCCAUCCAUCUUCAGAAAGGAGUCAUCAAUCCUCACUUCGAGGUUGUGAAAGAGGCUUUGCUGAGAACAGUUAAAGAGGCAAUGGGAGAUAAAUGGAGUGAAGAAAUGAAUGGUGCAUGGGCUCAAGCCUAUGAUCUGUUGGCAAUAGCCAUUCAAGAUGAAAUGAAGGCAGAGGCACCUGCUGCUUAACUUAAUUAAAACCUUCUUAAUUUGGUUCAAUUAUAAGUAGAGAGAGAGACUGUGCGAGGUCUACGAAAUAAAAUUACGUCUGAACAUCUCAUGUUUCUUUGUGCAUCCAAAAUAUAUCUCUGCUUUUUUCUUACUGCAUUGUACCUAAAACAAAGGUCUGAAAUUUGAGAAUCCAAAUUGCAUGUA